AUGGACGACGAUGGCAGGAAAGGAGUCCGUGAGGGACAGACCUUGAACCCCAAAGACAUAACCGAUGGAAAAGGCAGCAGAGGCACUGAACCCUUGGCCACGGUUGAGCACGCUCAUACUUUUACCCGUGGGGAUGGUGAUAACGAAGCACCAGGACAAGGACACUCAUACUCCCGGCCGCCCUCAGAGUCCGCAGCGGAUGAAGAUAUAGCUCCCAAACGUGGACAUUUUCAAUUCAUGUCCAAGCUCCGAGCUCUCGCCCCUUCAACCUCACGCUCAGCAGGCCCAGCUUCUCCUGUAGCGCCAAGUCACGAUAGAACAAUGUCUGACGGCGCAGGACCACUCUCUGAUCUGACAGAAUUCCGGUUUCCCCGACCAGAGGAUGCAGGCGGAGGAAGUGAUGCAGAUGCGGAUGUCGAAUCUAGCUCUGAAGCAGGUUUUGGUGUACAGGUGAAGAAGAAGAAACGCAAGACAAAGAGACCCCCGCUUGAUCUCUCCCAUACUACGCCAUCAACGCCAAAAUCAGCCCUAUCAGUCGCAAACUCGAUCAAUCCAUAUGAUGACCCUCAAUCCGCCAAUGCCCCACUGACCCCUCCGAUUCAUCGUUUACGAGAGGGUGUCUCUGAAGAUGAGGGAAGAGAUAGACUGAAUCGAGAUAACAUGUGGCGGAGAAGAAGCAAUUGGCUACAGGGUUCCCGUGGAAGAAGCAUUACCGGACAACGGGCUGAUGGACAUGCAUCUCAAGACGAGAGACGUCCAACAAAUCUACGACGGUUCACAGGAUUCGGUGGCACUUCUGAGCAUGCAGACGGUAUUAGUGGAGCCUGGCGCAGGCAUAAAGCUGAGCGUGGCUCGAGCCUCAGUGCCCAGAAAUGGAAACAGAUUAAAGCUGGCUUCAAGCUGAUCGGCCAGCGCAAGAAGCAGGAAAACACUGUUGACCAUGUCAAGUCUGCCGAAUUGCUUGCUGAGCUGACCUCGGGUGUACCCGCUGCUUUGCUCUUAGCUAGUAUGUUCCAACGGGAUGAACACGGAAGUCGACGCAUUCCUAUCCUCCUUGAACAGCUCAAAGUCCAUGUCACUGAUAGCGAAUUCGAUUCGCACUCCUCUGGUGACCGUCAUCUUGUCUUCCGCAUAGAGCUUGAGUAUGGUAGCGGGAUGACCCGCAUGAAGUGGGUUAUUCAUCGAACACUCAAGGACUUCGCCAACCUACAUUUGAAAUACAAGCUGCAGAUUGGUACCCAGAGAUAUAUCCAGUUACGAAGCCAUGACUCCGGAAACCAGUUGCCACGCUUUCCAAAGAGCGCCUUUCCGUACAUGCGAGGUGUCCGUGGCCUUGAAAGUGAUAUGGAAGACGAGGAGGAUGAAGCCGCAGAAGAUACUGCUGCGGAUGCAACCAGUGGAAAUGAACGAUCAAGGAAGAAGAAACGGAGAUCCUCCAUCGCCCUCACCAGACGAAGGUCAAGUUUGGCUUCACGGCUCGAUGCCCCAGCCAACUCGGACAGGGCUGUUGAUAAUGGCACAGCGAGCAAACGAGAGACCUAUCCUGAAAAACAGAGAAAGAAACUUGAAUCAUACUUGCAAAAGAUGAUACGCUUCCUGAUUUUUCGACCGGAUAGCAACCGUCUCUGCAAAUUCCUCGAGCUCUCUGCGCUUGGUGUCCGCCUAGCAGCUGAAGGAAGUUAUCAUGGUAAAGAAGGAUACUUGGUUAUCCAGUCUUCCAAGGGCCUUGAUUUCAGAAAGGCCUUAAACCCGUCCAUGGUGAAGUCGCGCCACUCUCCGAAGUGGUUCUUGGUUCGGCACAGUUACAUUGUCUGCGUUGACUCUCCAGAGGAGAUGCAUAUAUACGAUGUUUUCCUUAUUGACCCCUUUUUCCAGAUCCAGGCCCAGAAAGUCCGCCUCAGAGAUCAGAAUCCAAAGGAGCUAAAGGAAUCUGCAAAGCAUCCACAGCAUCAUACCCUGAAAAUACAAAAUUCUGAACGCAGGAUGAGGCUACUUGCGAGGAAUGACCGCCAGCUUCGUCAGUUUGAAGACUCUAUUCGUUUAGUGCUUGAAACUACCCCUUGGGCUAAGCCUAACCGGUUUGACAGCUUUGCACCAGUGCGACCAAAUUGCUUUGCACAAUGGCUCGUUGAUGGGAGGGAUUAUAUGUGGGUAGUCUCACGAGCAAUUGCCCAGGCAAAGGAUGUCAUCUACAUCCACGACUGGUGGCUAAGUCCUGAACUCUACAUGCGUCGCCCAGCUGCCAUCAGUCAGAAAUGGCGCCUCGACCGUUUACUUCAACGAAAAGCACAAGAGGGUGUGAAGAUCUUUGUUAUAAUGUACCGCAAUAUUAACUCUGCUAUUCCCAUUGACUCGGAGUAUUCCAAAUUCUCGCUCCUGGAUCUACAUCCCAACGUCUUUGUGCAGCGUUCUCCAAACCAGUUUAGGCAGAACACAUUCUUCUGGGCUCACCACGAGAAGAUUUGCAUUGUUGAUCAUACUCUAGCAUUCGUUGGUGGCAUUGAUCUUUGCUUUGGUCGAUGGGAUACCCCGCAACAUCUAAUUACAGAUGAUAAACUUACAGGUUUUGAGAUGACCGAUGCCCCCAAAGAUGCGGAUCAUUGUCAGCUAUGGCCGGGUAAAGAUUACUCAAACCCAAGGGUCCUUGAUUUUUAUGACCUGGAUAAGCCCUACGAAGAGAUGUAUGACCGUGAGGUGGUUCCACGCAUGGCAUGGCACGAUAUAUCCAUGCAUGUUGUAGGGCAGCCCGCUAGAGAUCUUACCCGUCACUUUGUUCAAAGAUGGAACUACAUUCUUCGUCAACGUAAACCUACACGGCCAACUCCAUUCCUUUUGCCUCCACCGGAUUUCAACCCUGCCGACCUUGAAGCUCUGGGCCUAGAUGGAACAUGUGAGAUCCAAAUUGUUCGUUCAAGCAGCAUGUGGUCCACCGGCACCCCCGAUGUUGUUGAGUGCAGCAUCAUGAAUGCCUACGUCAAGAUGAUUGAAAAGUCUGAUCAUUUUGUCUACAUUGAAAACCAAUUUUUCAUCAGCAGCUGUGAAAUCGAGGGAAAGAAAAUAGAAAAUCAUAUUGGUGAUGCAUUGGUCGAGAGAAUUAUUCGCGCUGCCGACAAUGAAGAAGCAUGGCGUGCAGUCAUACUGAUACCCCUUAUGCCCGGUUUCCAGAACACCGUGGAUACUGAAGGCGGAACUAGCGUGAGACUGAUCAUGCAAUGCCAAUAUAGGAGUAUUUGCCGUGGAGAGUCCUCAAUCUUUGGUCGUCUGCGUGCUCGUGGUAUUGAGCCCGAGGAUUACAUCCAGUUCUUCAGUUUAAGAUCAUGGGGAAGAAUUGGUCCAAAGAAAAACCUUGUCACAGAGCAAUUAUACAUACAUGCAAAGUGCAUGAUUGUUGAUGACCGGGUUGCUAUCAUUGGAUCUGCGAACAUUAAUGAACGUUCUAUGCUUGGCUCAAGAGACUCGGAGUGCGCUGCUGUCGUCCGGGACACUGACCUCCUCGAGUCUAGGAUGAAUGGGAAGCCGUAUCUGGUUGGACGGUUCCCGCAUACCCUUCGAAUGCGUCUGAUGAGGGAGCAUCUUGGAUUCGACGUUGAUGAGAUUGUUGAAGAAUAUACCUCUGCCUUUGAAACAACGAAUAUAGACAAGACUCCUGGACACCUGCCUGAUGUUGCAAGCCAGCAUGAACAUGGCCCUGCUGAUGGCGAAAAUCAGGCUGAGAAAGAUGAUUUAGAGAGAAAGCAGAAAGUCCAGGAGGAGUUCCUGGCCCGAUUUGAAGAAAUGCACAGUUUCAAUCAUGACGUCGAUUGGGAGCAGGCAGGCAAUCCAAAUCUCAAAUCAAAUAGGAAACUUACCGCAGACGCCAGAGUGACAAGAAACGAAGACCACCGGAAAGACUUAGAAGGCCAUGGAGUCGAUCAGAUGAAACGUAAUGGAGAGAUCGUUGGCACUACCGGUCGCGAUACUGUCCUCAAGAACAGUGUCGAAGUUUUGGUUACAGGCACAGUCAAGAAUAACACGACCCCAUCCACAAUGUUAUGCGAUAACGCAUCUGAUUUAGCAGGUUCAAUUGCCAAUACUAAACAGCCAACUGCCCCAGGUACGCCAGAGACCCACCCAAGGAGCGUUUCAACAUCCAGCCCCCGAAUGACAGUGCAAAAUCGAUCUGCUACAGCCAACGCCACCGAUGAUCAUAUACAACCCUUCUCUCUUGACGCCACACAGCCGAAGAAUACCUCACAUUUCCUUUUGGACGAACCGAGACGACCAAUUCUCGACAAGGAUUGUAUGAAAGAUCCGCUCCUCGACUCGUUUUAUCUGGACACUUGGCAAGCCAUUGCAGAGAACAACACCAAACUCUUUCGGAGCGUAUUCCGCUGCAUGCCAGAUAGCGAAGUUAAAACGUGGAAGGACUACAAGGAAUAUACGGCAUAUGCGGAAAGGUUUGCUGACAUGCAAAACCAUUGCAAUGCCUCAGCCCGAAGUCAGUCUUUCCCUCGUAACGGUCCUCCUGGAGCAAAUAACGGCUCUCCCAAUGGCGGAAAGUUGGGAACCGAGCUUGGAAGUGCUCUCGAGGAGGUGAAGGAGAAAUUUGGAACCCAUCAUUCUUCCGAAAAGGAUAAGGAGUUGCAUGCAAACUUGCACCAAUGGGCGGUAGAGGCCAAUCAGGCACAACUCGAACGUCAACAACAGGAACAGCUCCACGUCGAUAAGUCCGUUCCACACGCUGAUAUUCAUUCUCAUUCCAUCAACAACGCUGAUGCAAGAUCGUCUAAUUCCAGCCGUAAUGCGGAAUCUUCCCACACUCCUGUGGCGCCAGAGAAGAACGUUGAGGUACCUAGGUCCUCACAGUCUGAGGCCCCGGCCCCAAGUAUUGGCAUGUCACAGCGACGAAGGCGAAGGGCAAAUACCCGCAGUUCAAGAAAAGAGUUCCACGCGGUAGAUGAUAUUAUGGACAUGCAUGAAGCAGCCGAAUUGCUUGGCUCAGUGCAAGGCCACCUGGUUCUUUGGCCGUAUGAAUGGCUUGAACGCGAAGAGCAAGGAGGUAACUGGCUAUAUACACUUGACCAAAUCUCUCCCCUUGAAAUAUAUCUCGUUCCCCUUCCGCUUGGAGCAUCUGGAGCCACGGUCAUCUAUCGCUUGCUUGAUAAAUACUUUUAUAAUUUUAUACUUACUUCGUCUGUUAGUAUUGUUGAUUAUAUUUAA